AUGUCUGUCGACUCGCUCCUCUCAAGCUUGGCCUCAAGCUACAAUCGAGUUCAACUUCAUUUGAGCUACUUUGCCCGCGUCUAUCGCGCAUCUUGCGCAUCCGCUACUGUCAUGUCCUCCAAUUGGCACUCUCUGAUCGCUAGAGCGAUUGACAUACCGCUGGAAGGCGACGACUCCCGAGUUGGUUCUACUCGAGAUGGAUCUAGCGGUGGCACUCUGAGUACCAACAACGCCUCCAAGUCUUCAUCGCUUCAAUCGCUUGGCGGCACCUUUAUACCCGUCGUUAUCUAUUGCGUCGUCUGUAUCAUAUUCUUCUCCAUAUUUCGCGUAAAAUGCAGUCGAGUCUAUGCGCCUCGGGCUAUACCCAGCCUACGAUCGCCUCACAAACACAUUCCGCCACUCCCCACGGGCUGGUUCGACUGGGUGAAACCGUUCUUCAAGACUCCAGAUACUUUCGUUCUCAACCAUGGCUCGCUCGAUGGGUUCUUCUUUUUGCGAUAUCUCAAAGUCUUGCGCAACACUUUUCUUGUCGGAAUGCUGAUCGCUUGGCCUAUUCUUUUCCCAAUCCACAUCACUGGUGGUAAUAAACUCAGUCAAUUGGAUAUCUUGACGAUUGGCAAGAUUAGCGAUCGUAAGCGCUUUGUUCUGUUUACUAUCACUCGAGAGUGUUUUUACUAUAUUGGCAUCCGUCAAGCAUAUCUUUCUUCACCCCACUACUCUAAAAGGUUGUCGUCUAGGACGGUUCUCAUCACUUCGAUACCCGAUCGCUAUCUCGACGAAGCCCGACUACGAAAGCUUUACGGCGACUCAGUAAAACGAGUCUGGAUUCCACGAACUGCCAAGGCGCUCAUCAAACUUGUGGAAGAGAGAGAGGAGACGGCGAUGCGACUGGAAAAGGCGGAGAUCGCACUCAUCAAAAAGGCACAUCUGGCCCGGAAGAAGCACUUCAACAAGAGCCCAUCAUCAGCAUCGUCCUCAGUCGACCCUUAUCCCACGGAAUCGAGCUCAUCCUAUAGGAGUGACCCGAGCAGCGAGCAGACCCGAUCCGACUCCCCACGGGUUGGUGUCUCUCAGAACGAGACCGCACAGGACGAAACACAAGAGGCAGGAUUUAAAGCGCAAUACCCGCAAGUAACCCAGACCGUAACCCAAGACACCCACGAUCUGCUCGAAAGGUCGGCCGAAGAUCCCGAAUACGUUCAUCCAUAUGGACUCAACCCAAAUCUCCCAGACGUUCGAGGCUCUGUCGCUGCCCAAUGGAUCCCUGCGAAAGCCAGACCUCAUCAUCGUCCACUCCAGAAUUUUUUCCGGCGCGUUGACACAAUCCGCUGGUGUCGCAUGCGAUUGAAGGACUUGAACCUUGAGAUUUACAAGCUUCGACGACAGGUUAGGCGCGGUGACGGUGAUACGUUGCCAGCCGCCUUUAUCGAAUUCGACACGCAAGAGGCUGCUCAGGCUGCGCACCAGAUCGUAGCCCAUCAUCGCCCACUUCAACUCGCUCCUCGACUGUUGGGCGUUCGACCAGACGAGGUGGUUUGGAAGGCUCUUCGAAUGUGUUGGUGGGAACGUAUCAUCCGUCGCUUUCUUAUCAUGGGUCUAGUCGCUGUUGCCAUUAUCUUUUGGUCUAUUCCAUCCGCCAUGAUCGGUAUCAUAUCCAAUAUCGACUUUCUAAGCGGAAUAGUCUUCCUGCGCUGGAUCAAACUAUUACCGAAGCCCAUUCUCGGCUUCCUCCAAGGUUUCAUACCUGCUAUUGCCUUGUCCUUCUGGAUGUCCCUUGUUCCUGCGAUGCUAAGAUUCUGCGGUGUCCAAGCUGGAAUCCCAUCUUUAGUUCUGGUCGAACUUUUCACACAGAAUAUAUACUUUGCCUUCCAGGUGGUACAGGUUUUCUUGAUUACGACAUUGACAUCGGCGGCUUCAGCUGCCGUCCUGGACAUCAUUAAGCAGCCAAUGUCGGCACCUGACCUCCUAGCCAGAAAUCUCCCCAAGGCCUCCAACUUUUACCUUUCGUACAUUCUCGUUCAAUGUUUGGCUAUCGGCGCUACGGGGCUUUUGCAUCUGUUCGAGUUGUUCCGACAACACAUCCUUGGAAGAGGCCUACAGAAUCCUCGAACACGUUUCAAUAUUUGGUACAACCUUCGUCCUCCUCGCUGGGGUGGAAUCUUUCCGAUUUAUACGAACAUGGCAUGCAUUGCGUUUUGUUACACAUGUAUCGCUCCUCUCAUUCUGCUUUUCGCAUGCGCCGGAAUGGCCUUUACACGUCUAAUUUACCGCUAUAAUAUCCUUUACGUGUUCGACUCGGAAAUGGACAGCAUGGGCUUGUUCUACCCUAACGCUCUUCUUCAGCUUAUCGUCGGACUGUACUUGGCGGAAAUCUGCAUGAUUGGCCUUUUUGCUCUCAAACUUGCGUUCCCGCCUAUGGUACUGAUGCUUAUCUUCCUCAUAUUUACAGGGAUUGUACACAUGUCCCUCCGAGACUCGAUAUCCCCUCUGCUCCAAAAUUUGCCCCAAACAUUGACAUUGGAAGAGGAGUUGCAACAGCAGGAAAAGGCAGAAGCAGAACAGAAGUUACAAGAGGCUGCGGAAUCGGGAGAAGUAAACGGAGGGACUGCGGCCAGUUACUUUGAUGCAGAUCUUAACUUUGGCGAAGAAGAGGUUGAAGAACCCCCGAGCGAUGACGAAGACGGCCAACAUGACGGGCCUCAAGGGUCAAGGGGUGUUGACGGUGGAGGUGGUGUCAAGUUGAUGGUGAGAGAGUGGAUGAAGACGACUGCCAAGGCACAAGUCAAGAAAGAGAUACAACAAUCAGGGAUAAAGCGGUUUUUGGAUCGUUGGAUCCUCGCUGGCGACCCUUCGAACCCAGAUCAGCAACCGACCUUUUUACAGCGCUUCCUCCACCCAGAAGUAUACGAAGACUUUAUCGCCCUACGAAAACUAAUCCCAUUCGAAGAACCCCCCGAUGUCGAUUACGCUGGUGACGAGAAGAUGUCUAAUUACUGGCCUCCCGAGCUAUGGAUGCCAAAACCUGUCUUAUGGAUCCCUCGGGAUGAGGCGCGUGUCAGUCGGCAAGAAGUUGCGCAUACAAGAAAGAUCACGCCUAUUACGGAUGUAGGAGUGACCUUGAAUGAGAAGGGGUUGAUUAUUGUGGAUGUUGAAGCCGCGCCGUUUCCAAGGAUGAGAUUAGUGCAUUGA